AUGAGGGUACUUACCAAGAUUGAGAAUCUUGAACAGAAGUACGCCAUAGCCUUGAUGGUAUAUGCAGAUGAGUUAGAGACAAUAGCUGUCGAGUUGACUUACAAUCUCGGUGUGACACAACAUUCCAAGGGAAAUGGAUAUUCCCAGGUUGCUAUUGGCACCGAUGAUGUAUACAAGAGUGCUGAGAUUGUUAAUCUCAUUACUGAAGAACUCGGUGGAAAGAUAACACAACCACCCAGUUUGGAUAGCCAAAUGACCUCCAAGAUUAUCAGUUUUCUUGAUCCUGAUGGCCGGCAAAUUGUGAGAUUAACAAUCCUUUUAAUAAGUACGGACAGGGAUGAAAUCCCGGUUUCUGAGAUUCCAAAUGGAAAAAUGAUCCAUACCAAGUCACAAGAAGAAGAGGCUUACCUGGACUGA